CCUCCUCCUCCUCCUCCUCCUCCGCCAGCCGAGGCCGGAUUCCCGCCCGGCGCCUUCCUCUCCUUCCCCCAGCCAUGUUCGGCCAGCAGCAUCUGCUCCGCUUGCAGCACCUCUUGCAACAGCAGCAGCAGCAGCAGCAGCAGCAACAGACCCCGGCGCCUCCCCAAGCGACCCCCAGCCGGACUGUGACACCAUCUCAGCAACAGAUGUUAACUCUGCAGGCACCCAGUCCAGCAUCGCUACUCAACACCAACCCCGUGUUCCAGCGAGCGCUUCUCCUGCACCAAAUGCAAGGUAACCUAAGAGGCUUCAAUGUGGCCACCGCUCCUGUAUUACAGCAGUUCUUCCCUCAAGCAACCCGACAUUCUCUCCUGGGGCCCCCACCUGUCUCCCUCAAGCCCCCCCAGCUGGGGUUCCCAGCCCUCCCAUUUCAUCGCCAAAACCGGCCCUUCCGUAAGGAUUUUCCCAGGGUCGCCGAGAGGAAGCGAGAGGCAGAUGGCACCUCAUCAUCCAUACAAGGGCCAGGCGAGGAAGGGGCUACACCAGUGGGAAAGCAGUCCGGCUCUCCCACUUCAGAGAGCCUCGCGGAGCCUCCUCAAGAUGGCGAACCGGUGGCCAAGGUGCCCCGAAGUGAAGUGGAGAUCUCGGACGCUGAAGAUGCGCCAGGCCUUCCCAAAACUGAAGAGGCUCAGGCAGGAGGAGAGUCAGAAUUCGUGGCAACAGGAACAGACACUGGGGAAGGGGACGUCCCCGCGGAGGCUUUGGAGGAGAGCUUUGAAGAGGAGAAGACCUCAGAGGUGCUGAGCAAUGCGGGUGCCUUGAAGGUGACCAUCCAGCAGAGCAGCGAGAGCCGGGCCAUCAGCACCACGCCGGCCAUCAAGCCGGGCCCCUCCGGGCCCCCCCUGCCAGCCCCUCCCGGGGCCGCCCUGAACUACUUCUGCUACGUCUGCAGAACCAACUGCUCCAACCAACAGAGUUUCCAGGCUCACCUGUCAGGGGAGCCACACCAGCAGCGGCUCCAGGAAGUCCAGGAAAGAAGUAAAGUUUGUCUCGUCCCCAAGCAGCUGCCUUUGGGAAAGGAGUCGGCGGAGAGAGACGGGGAGAGCCAGCAGCGCUGGUGCAAUACCUGCCAGGUGAACUUCAGCGGUGACCUCAUCAAGCACCGGAGGACCCAGGAGCACAAGCUGGCCAAACGCUUCUUGCGCCCCUUCUGCACCGUCUGCAGCCGCUACUUCAAAACGCCACGCAAGUUUGUGGAGCACAUGAAAUCCUUGGAGCACAAGCAGAAGAACAGAGAGGUGAGGCUGGGCGAGAAAGACCUGGGCGGCCCCGAGGACUCCGAGGAGCUGAUCACGGUGGACGCCGUGGGAUGCUUCGAAGAGCAGGAUGAGGAUGAGGAUGAGGAAGAGGAGGAAGCAGGGGAGGGGCCCCAGCUGGACCCAGUGGAGGCCGUGAACCAACAGGUUGGGCAGAGAGAAACGUCUGUGGAAGACCCUGGAGGAAACGCCGAGUAUUGUCCGGAUACAGUCUACGGCCUGGAUUUCCUGGUGCCCGUGGCAGGAUUCCUGUGCCGGCUGUGCCACAAAUUCUACUCCAGCGACUCAGCCACGCGGCUCACCCACUGCAAGUCCAGGAUGCAUUUUGAGAACCUGCAGAGAUACAGAGCCUCCCGGCUCCAGGCCACGGCCAGACAUACGGAGACCCCCUCACAGCUGACCGACCCCCAACCCCCCUCUGCGACCCAAACGCCCGGUCCCGAAGAAGCCGUUGCCGGACACCGGAGGAUCCCACCCGCUUGCGAGUCCCCCGAGGUCAUCCAGACGUGCUCAGGAUACUUUGAAGCGGAGGAUAUCUGCGGAGUCCUGGUCAUCGACGAGAGAAGCGAGCCCUCCUCGCCGAGGAGCGAGAGCUCCGCGGGGCCAGGCGCCGAGGAGUCAGGGGAAGGGGCCGGACUGCACCCCCUGGAAAAGCAGCCAAGCCUGGAAAUUCAGCAAAAACUGGCCGGAGAUUCUGCAUCAACUGUGCCAGGCGAAGACAAAGCGAGGGAAGGUCCGGCCAGCCAGGAUGGGGCGCCUUCCACGCCGGCUGAAGAGCCGACGGUCUCUGGCCCCCGGCGGUCCAGCCGUCGCAAGGCGAGAUGAGAGCGGAGGCAAAAGAUAUUUCCCCCCCACCCCUGUAGUUUUUCCCCCCUGAGAGUUUUCUUCCCUCCCUUCUUCACCUUUUAGUGAAAAGAGAAACGUUCUAGUUUUCUUAGUUGGUUGUUUUAAAAAUAAAAUUAAAAAAAGAAAACGAAAAGAAAACACCCCCGGCAGGUUUUCUUUCUGUCUUCAAUGCAGGGCUUACUGUAAUUUUUCAAAGGAAGGAAGGAAGAAAAA